UAUUAGUAUUGGCCGUGUCUUUAUUAAUUUGAUCUCUUCUCUUCUGUGUGUCUGCUUCAUUCAUUAUCUUCUCUUCUGCCGUCGUACCAAUUUAGGAAAGAAAUGCUAGCGGGUGACAGAUCCUCCUGCUCUGCUCUCUAAUUUCAAUUGUUUGGCUAACAAGACCACCAUUUCCGAGCGUCCACCGCUGAGAACCAAAAGGCCGAGGAGAGAGAGAGUUUCAGGAUUGGUCUCCGGCUCUCCGCCUCUGGGCUUGGUCGGAAUUUCGUUUUCUGUAUAAAAAAAAAAAAGAGGAAAGAUGAUGGUGAGGAAUGUGGUGAUGCUCAUGCUCUUUGUAACAGUGAUUGCUCCCAUUAUUCUUUACACCGAUCGUCUUGGCUCCAUUCACACCUCCUCCUCUUCCUCCUCAGCCCGAGACGAAUUUGCUCAAGAUGUUACUGCUUUCCCUUUCAAUGCUCAAACUGGCCGUCUAAAUCUGCUUCCCCAGGAAUUAUCCACCCUCAAAGAACCCAUUGGAGUCGUAUACUCCGACAACUCUACUAAGUCACUUCCAGAGACAAAGGAGAGCGAAGCCAGCACCAAUCACUCCCACCAAGUAUCCGCUAGAGUGUUGUCUACCACCACCAACGAACAAGAUCUAUCUCAAAAAAAAGACAACCCCAUCGUACAGGUCACUCAAACACUUGAGCAAGGAAACCAACUUCUGGCCGACUCGGGUGCUAAACCAGCAACUUCUGAGCAGAAUACUAAUAAUGCCUCGCAGAAUACGGAAAUAAAGCUUGACCAGCAAUCCACCCAAACCUCCGUCAAGGUUGAUCAAAGAAAAUCUGUCAAAACUAUAUCAGAAAAAAAUAAUCAUGAAACGACUAUUCCGGAUGGUCGAGUAAGACAUCUGAAAGAUCAGCUCAUCAGGGCAAAGGUCUACCUAUCUCUUCCAGCUACAAGAAACAAUCCCCAUUUCACAAGGGAGAUUCGACUGCGGAUAAAGGAAGUUCAGCGAGCACUUGCGGAUGCAAGCAAGGAUUCUGACCUGCCAAGGAAUGCGAAUGAUAAGUUGAAGGCAAUGGAACAGACAUUGGCUAAAGGAAAGCAGAUUCAAGACGACUGCGCUGCUAUGGUGAAAAAGCUUCGAGCUAUGCUCCAUUCGAUGGACGAGCAACUCCGGGUCCACAAGAAGCAGACUAUGUUCUUAACGCAGUUAACAGCAAAAACAGUUCCUAAGGGACUUCACUGUCUUCCCUUGCGCCUCACCACUGAAUACUAUUCCUUAAAUUCUUCUCAAAGGAACUUUCCUAAUCAAGAGAGAUUAGAAGAUCCCCUGCUGUACCACUAUGCACUCUUCUCAGACAAUGUAUUGGCAGCGGCAGUUGUCGUAAACUCAACUGUUACCCAUGCUAAGGACCCUGCAAACCAUGUUUUCCACAUUGUCACUGACAGGCUAAAUUAUGCUGCGAUGAGAAUGUGGUUUUUGGUGAAUCCACCCGGCAAAGCCACUAUUCAGGUUCAAAAUAUUGAAGAGUUUACAUGGUUGAAUUCAAGUUACAGUCCUGUUCUGAAGCAGUUGGGUUCUGCAUCCAUGAUAGAUUAUUACUUUAGGACUCAUCGCUCCAAUUCUGAUUCAAAUUUGAAGUUCCGAAACCCAAAGUACUUGUCUAUCCUGAACCAUCUCCGGUUUUACCUUCCGGAGAUCUUCCCAAAGCUCAACAAAGUGCUGUUCUUGGAUGAUGAUAUAGUUGUGCAGAAGGAUCUUACAGGGCUCUGGUCCCUUGAUUUGAAGGGAAAUGUUAAUGGGGCCGUAGAGACUUGUGGAGAAAGCUUCCAUCGCUUUGACCGGUAUCUUAACUUUUCAAAUCCUCUUAUCUCAAAGAAUUUUGACCCUCAUGCUUGUGGAUGGGCAUAUGGAAUGAAUGUCUUUGAUUUGGAGCAAUGGAAGAAGCAAAACAUCACAGAGUUAUACCACAGAUGGCAGAAGCUGAAUCAUGAUAGACAGUUGUGGAAGUUGGGAACGCUACCACCUGGUCUCAUAACUUUUUGGAAACGCACAUAUCCACUUGAUCGUUCGUGGCAUGUGCUGGGGCUUGGUUAUAACCCUAGUGUUAACCAGAAGGAGAUUGAUCGAGCAGCUGUUAUACACUAUAAUGGCAACAUGAAACCAUGGCUUGAGAUAGGUAUACCCAAAUACAGAAAUUACUGGGCAAAAUAUGUUGAUUAUGAUCACAUGUAUAUGCGAGAAUGCAACAUCAAUCCAUAGAAUGACUCUUAUUAUGGUAUUUGGAAGUUUUUGUGCAAUACCUUCUAGGCUGGCCAUAAAUUGUGACAGGUUUUCCUCGAUAUCCCUCUGUAGGCAUUUUUUUGUUCCGAAGUAACAAGCUCUCAAGCUUUAUUCUUUCUGUAUACAUUUUGAUUUUUUCCCCGCU